AUGUCCGUCCUCGCAAUUGAAGCAGCUCAGAUACCGUCGAUACCGAUCGACGGUGCCAAACGCACCCGUCGCCCACCGCGACAAUACAAAUGCGAAUACUGCGACAAGGCCUUCAAGCGCAGCGAGCACUGCAUUCGCCAUGAGCGCAGCCAUACUCGCGAGAAGCCGUUUUCAUGUCGAUACUGCCGCAAAUCUUACUCAAGAAAGUACGGCAUUCUGUCGUGUUGGCUGCUUCACAGAUCUUCACUUUGCUAA